AUGGCGCCGAAUAGAGAGAGGAUUGCUGAAGAUGACCUCAACUUACCGUAUUUCCAUGGAGCACUCAUGAAUCAGGAUGCAGAUCAAUUAUUGGUCAAUGAAGGAGACUUCAUGGUGACGAGUAGAACGGUUGCUGAACUCAACAAACUCCAAUUCCAUCUUGCUGUUCGCUUGAAGAAAGGAAUCCGCCGAUACGAAAUAAAACGGAAUUCAACUUCCGCAAAACUCGGAACCCGGUCGGCUGGAAAUAUUGGAAAACUGAUUGAUUCGUUGAAAGCGGAAACAAUCGAAAUUAAAGGAGAAAAGGUGGCAUUGAAACGAGCCAUUGCAAAGGGAAAAUUCCAAUUGAUGCAUCGAGAUGUCAACUUUAAAAAACAAAUUGGUUCGGGUGCCUAUGGAACGGUUUAUAAGGGACGUUUGGCGAAGAAUAACGCGGUGAUUGCUGUCAAAAAGCUGGACACGGAAGGAACGGACGAAGAGGGAUUGGCUGAUAUGAUGAAGGAAGCAAGAGUUAUGCAACUCUACGAUCAUCCGAAUAUUGUCAAGUUUUAUGGAUUUAUUCUUGACGAUUUUCCAUAUCUUCUGGUUCUUGAAUUCUGUAAUGGAGGUGCUGUUGAAGAUCUUUUAAGAGAGAAACCAGAUUUGAAGGUCAAUCGUAGAGUUCAAUAUACCUACAUGGCUUCUGCAGGAAUGGACUACCUGCAUAAGAAAAACUGUAUCCAUCGUGACAUUGCCGCCAGAAACUGUCUCAUUCAUAAUGGAGUCGUCAAAAUGGCCGAUUUCGGAAUGUGUCGUGCCACCGCAGUCUACAAAGUGGAUCUCUCGAAACCGCUCAACGUCCGUUGGCUGGCUCCAGAAGUUUGGAACAAUGGAGAAACCCGUUUCAACACAGACGUCUAUGCAUUUGGAGUUAUGAUUUGGGAGUUCUUCAUUACUCCGUACCAGUCACCGUACCAUGAGUGGAAGGGGUACACAGUGAAGCAAAAAGUGAGAGCUGGAUACCGAAUGCCACCUCCGGAUGGGAUGCCCAGAGAGAUGAUGAUUGUGCUCAACGAGUGUUGGAACCAUGACCCGAAUAAGAGACCAACUGCAGAAAAGUUGAAAGAGAAGUUGGAGGAAUUGAAUCAGAAGUUUGAAGCAGGAGAUGCGAGUGUCUUGCAGGGACCCGAGAAGAGUUCGGACCCACCGACCAAUAACUGA